ACGUUUCCGGCUGGGGACGUGGCUCGGCGCCGCCAUCUUGUGGGGCUGUCUGAGGGGACGCGGAGAGCCCAGGGACCCAGAGAGCCCAGCCCACCUCCGUGCCGCCGCCGAAAUGGUGCUAUUGGCAGCAGCUGUCUGCACGAAGGCAGGGAAGGCCAUUGUCUCCCGGCAGUUUGUGGAGAUGACCCGGACCCGGAUCGAGGGGCUGCUGGCGGCCUUCCCAAAGCUGAUGAACACAGGGAAGCAGCACACGUUCGUGGAGACGGAGAGUGUGCGGUAUGUCUACCAGCCAAUGGAGAAGCUCUACAUGGUGCUGAUCACCACCAAGAAUAGCAACAUCCUGGAAGACCUAGAAACACUCCGACUCUUUUCCAGAGUGAUCCCUGAAUACUGUCGAGCGUUGGAGGAGAAUGAGAUCUCUGAGCACUGCUUCGACCUGAUUUUUGCCUUUGAUGAAAUCGUUGCCCUGGGCUACCGUGAGAAUGUAAAUUUGGCACAAAUCCGGACAUUCACUGAGAUGGACUCACAUGAGGAGAAGGUGUUCCGAGCAGUCCGAGAGACUCAGGAGCGCGAGGCCAAAGCCGAGAUGCGCCGUAAAGCGAAGGAGUUACAGCAAGCUAGGAGGGAUGCGGAGAGGCAAGGCAAGAAGGCCCCCGGGUUUGGUGGCUUUGGUAGCUCAGCCGUCUCGGGGGGCACAACAGCGGCCAUGAUCACAGAGACCAUCAUUGAAACUGAGAAGCCCAAGGUGGCGCCAGCGCCUGCCAGGCCUUCAGGUCCCAGUAAAGCCUUGAAGCUUGGCGCUAAGGGAAAGGAGGUGGACAACUUUGUGGACAAGCUGAAAUCAGAAGGAGAGAACAUCAUGGCUUCUGUAGGCAAGCGCUCCACAGAAGCAGCCAAAGUCCUUGCUCCUCCUGUUAACAUGGAGAGUGUGCACAUGAAAAUAGAGGAGAAAAUUUCCUUGACUUGCGGCCGUGAUGGGGGGCUGCAGAACAUGGAGUUGCACGGCAUCAUCAUGCUGCACAUUUCUGAUGACAAAUUUGCACGGAUUCGCCUGCAUGUAGAAAAUGAAGACAAGAGGGGAGUGCAGCUACAGACUCACCCCAACGUGGACAAAAAGCUCUUCACUGCAGAGUCACAGAUCGGUCUGAAGAACCCAGAAAAGUCAUUCCCUAUCAAUAGCGACGUGGGCGUGCUGAAGUGGAGGUUGCAGACAACGGAGGAGUCCUUCAUUCCAUUGACAAUUAACUGCUGGCCAUCAGAAAGUGGGAACAAUUGUGAUGUCAACAUCGAAUAUGAGUUGCAGGAGGAGUGCCUAGAGCUGAACGACGUCGUCAUCACCAUCCCCUUGCCGUCUGGUGUGGGUGCCCCAGUGAUUGGGGAGAUCGAUGGUGAGUAUCGCCAUGACAGCCGGAGAAACCUCCUUGAGUGGUGCCUGCCAGUGAUAGAUGCCAAAAACAAGAGCGGCAGCCUGGAGUUCAGCAUAGCGGGGCAGCCCAACGACUUCUUCCCUGUGCAGGUCUCCUUUGUCUCCAAAAAAAAUUAUUGCAACAUACAGGUUACCAAAGUGACCCAGGUAGACGGGAACAGCCCUGUGAGGUUUUCUAUUGAAACCACCUUCCUGGUGGACAAGUACGAAAUCCUGUAAUGCCAGCUCUGGGGAAUUCAAAGGAAGAAAUUUUUAAAUUUAAAAACCAACCAACCAAACAAAAAAAAACCCACAAAAAAAGAAAAAAACACAAGAAAAAGAGGCUGAAUGUUGGAAGCUCUGCAGCCCUCUCUCUGCUCAGACAUGUGGCUCUGUCUGCCAUCUUUCGUGUUCCUGGGUCACAGACAUUGCUGGCAGAGAAUUGAUGCACUCAUGCGGGGAAAGGCCACAAACUUCUUCAGCACAUUUUACGAGCCCACAGAAGAACAAAAUCUUAGUGGAGAACCUGGCCUUGACACAUCCCUUUCUCUCCUGAAGACACCUGGAGCUGAGUUCCAGCACUCAACUUAAACCGCUCCCUCCCCUUCCAGGAAGGCCCACUUGCUGGUGCUGCUGGUUUGAUUUCUUCUCGGCCUUCACCUUUUUCCUGCAGAUGAAUGCAGGCAGUGAGAUAGUUUGCACAGGGAUGCCUCGGUUCUGAAGGUGGGGAGUUGUGAGGUGGGGAAGAGGAAGUCGGGGUUUGGUCCUUGGGCCCCGCAUGGUUCCUGCUGUCUCAUCAGCCCUGUGGGACAGUGAUGGCCCCACACCUGGCUCUGCCACAGCUGCUUGGGGGCAGUUGAAGUAGGUUAGAGUCAGCCCCACGUCCUUCCCAGGGCCCUCUCAGUGCCUUGAGGGGCUGAAGGCUUCAUCUGCCUGGGUACAAGCAGCUGAGACUGAGUGCUUCAGCCUGUGUGCUAGGACCUGUCCUAGACCUGUCCUUUCUCAGCACUUGUGGAGGGAGGGGAAGGAAACGCUGGUUUCCAGAAAAGAUGGGGUUGUUCCAAGUGCCAGAGCCAUUCCUCCUCACAAGCAUCAGUUUGCCUCAUCUCAUACACUUGUGCUCCACUGAAAACUCAUCUCACAUGCCCAGCUCUGGGCAUGUCCCCAACAGCAUGUGGGAGCACUGGCUUCUGCUGCAGGUCUUGAGCAUUACAGGGGAAAAGAAAAUGCUC